AUGGACAGGAAUUGGAAAGUGGAUACCAACGGAAAGUUAGACUCAAAGCUAAUGUUGUCUGCGGUAAAUCUCCCCGGGAAUGUUCAUCGCCGAAGGCAAGCAGAAGAUGAACUGAUGAUGCGAGAAUUUUUCAUAGAACAUGACGUUAUAGCUUUGAAGUACGGCACUUUCUACAAAGCGAAGCCCGCAUUCAUCAAACGGACCAAGACACAAGCGAAUGUUUUGCCGUGUGGAGUGUCAAUGAUUCUCGGCAACAACGGCUAUUGCUGGAUUGG